CGGCGGAGGGACGAGGGAGAGAGCGCUCGCCGCGCGGUGCCUCACGCCUCAGUCACUCAGUACUCUACGCGGCUUCGUCCUCGGCGCCGGUGAGUCGCCGACACGCCGACAGCGCCCGACCUCUGGAACCCGACCGUUUAUGACAUUCGACAACCCCGCCCCGUGCAUUUUUCCGAGUUGCAUUUCGAUCGGUGCGAAGAGUGAGUCGGCGGUGACCGAUCGGUGACUCCUCCCGCGUUUAUUUAUGUUGUCGUUUUGGUGUGGUGAAUAUUUGUGCCGUACGGACGAUAACCGGAUUAUCUGUGCGCCCGAGUUAGUGGAUAUUUUUACCGAUCGACGGCUUUUCCUCGAAGUUUGAGUUGCGCGCGACUCGGUCGGUCGCGCAACGGAUGCGUCGCGGGCGUCGAGCGAUGCGCUGCUAGCUAUGGUGGGCGUGGGAGUGGCGGAGGGCGGCGGCGCGGGCGGCGGCGCGCCCGACCCCUACUACGGCGAGUACUACCCGCCGGAGCCCUACUACGUGCCGCCGGAGAUGUGCCCGCACCCUCAGCAGCACCCUCCGCACGCGCACAUGUGCGCUGUGCACACCGAAUAUGGCGGCAUGCCGGUAGUAACGUCUGCGCCCAUGAUGCCUCCAAUGAUGCCUCCAAUGGACGAAGGCAUGCGGCACUUCCUGGUGCCGCACCCGCACGCUCAACCGCAUCCGCACCACGGGCCGCACCAUCAACCACCGCACCACCAGCCGCCGCACCAUCAACCACCGCCGCACCAUCAACCGCCACAUCACUAUGGCCCAACCAAUGGUGCGGGAGGUCCACAACAUUUCUAUGGGACGGGGUAUCCAGCCCACUUCCACCAUGUUCCUCCACACCACAUGCAGCAUUCCCCACCCCCUGUGUAUCAGAAGGACGAGAGAACACAGCGGCAAUACUCCAAACUUAAGCAGAAGCUAGAGCGUAAACAUAACAAUAGGAAUAAUGGUAUAGAGGUAAACAAUUCAGGUGCGAGCACCCCUUCACUAUCACCGCGCAAGGAGCUAAACGGGCGCGGCGAGGGCAGUGGGGGCAGCGGCGGCGCGUCGUCGGGCGCCUGGUCGGAGGGCGAGGGCUCGUCCGCCGGCGCCUCCGUGCAGGGCGAUGACGAGAACGACACGCAGGCGCUGCUGGACCUGCUCUCGGCCACGAGGACGCCGCAGGUUAGCGACAUGACGCCAACGAGUGCACUGGUGCAAUGGAACUCCCCGUUGCCUGAAGGCGUCAAUCUACCUAACGUCGAUCUGACUUACGAUCUCUUACUGGGUGACCGAGGAAGAUAUAAAGCUAUUUACAGCGGCCCGUCACUGUCAUGUCGAGUUCGCGAUCUGCGGCCCGGAUGCGAGUACUCGGUGUGCCUGCAGAUCCGCGCGGGCGAGGUGACGGGCGCGGCCAGCGAGGCGGCCACGUUCCGCGCGCCCGCCGCGCCGCCUGACGCGCCGCCCGCCGCGCGCGUCACGCAGCGCGCGCGCACCUCGCUGCUGCUGCGCUGGGCCUCGGCCGCCGACAACGGCGCGCGCGUGGCGCACUACGCGCUGGAGAUGGACGCCGGCGACGGCUUCGCUGAGCUGGCGCGCCCGCGCACGCGCCAGCACUCCGUCAGCGGGCUCGCGCCGCAAACGCGCUACCGCUUCCGCGUCGCCGCCGUCAACGAGUGCGGCCGCGGCGCCUGGAGCGACGAGACCGUCGUGUGGACGGCCGGCUCGCCGCCGCCCGCGCCCGCGCCGCCCGCCCUCAGCGCCGCCGCGCCCGCCUCGCUGUCGCUCGCCUGGCAGCGGCGCGCCGACGAGGAGUUCGUCCUGCAGAUGGACGACGCGGCGCGCGGCCACGGCUUCCUGCCCGUUUACAGCGGCCCCGACUGCGCCCACGUGUGCGAGGGGCUUCGCCGCGCGACCGACUACCGGUUUCGGCUCCGAUGCGAGACCGUCGACGGUUUGGGGCCCUGGUCCGCCGAGGUCACGUACCGGACGCUCCCCGAGAGGCCGUCUCCCCCCGGACGGCCCGCGCCGCGCGGCAAGAUCCACUCGCGCGCCUUCCGCCUGCGCUGGGACCCACCAGGCGAGGACGGCGGCGCCGCGAUCGAGUCGUACACGCUGGAGCUGGACGCGGGCGACGGUUUCGACUGCGCGUACCGCGGGUCCGAACGCGAGGCGCACUGCGAGCGUCUGCUGCCGGGCACGACGUACCGCGCGCGCGUGCGCUGCGCCAACGCGGCCGGCGACAGCGACUGGUCGCCCACCGAGACCGUGCUCACGGAGGCCACGUGCCCCGCCGUCUGCGCCGCGCCCGAGCUCGUGGCCGCGCCGCGCUCCUCGCACGCGUCCGUGCGCUGGCGAGCGCCCGACUGCACCGGCGGCGCGCCCCUCACCGAGUACCGGCUCGACCUCGCCGACGCGGACGGGCUCGUGCGCCUCGCCUACGCCGGGCUCGAGCUGGAGGCGGCCGUGCGCGAGCUGCGACCGGGCCGCGAGUAUCGCGCGUGGGUGACCGCCUGCAACAGGGUGGGCGCCGGCCCGCCGUCGUCGCCGCUCCGGUUCACGACGGCGGCCGCGCCCCCCGACGCGCCCGAGACGCCCGUCGCGUUCGCCACGGGGCCGCGCGCCGUGCGCGUCGAGUGGACGGCGCCCGCCAACAACGGCGCGCCGCUCGCGGACUUCCGCCUGGAGGCGAGCGCCGACAACGUGGAGUUCGCGGAGGUGUACCGCGGGCUGGAGACCGUGUGCACCGUGACGCAGCUGACGCCCUUCACGCCGUACUUCUUCCGCGUGCGCGCCGCCAACGCGGCGGGGCGCGGCGCGUGGUCGGGCGUGCGGGACGCGCUGACGCCGCGCGCGCCGCCCGCCGCGCCCGCCGGCCUGCGCCACGACGCCGCCGCCGACUCGCUGCGCCUGCAGUGGCGCGCGCCCGACGCGCACGGCGCCGAGGUGCUGCGCUACCGCGUGCAGGUGGACGACGCCGCCUUCGAGACCGAGGGCCCGACGCCGGAGCGCCUCGUGGAGGGGCUCGAGCCCGACACCGUGUACCGCGUGCGCGUCGCCGCGCUCAACGAGCUGGGGCUCGGCGACUGGUCGGAGGAGGCGCGCGCGGCCACGCGGCCCCGCCCGCCCGCGCCGCCCGCGCUGCGCUGCGCGCUGGCCGCGCACAACUUCCUGCGCCUGGAGUGGGCGGGCGCGGACGGCGCGCAGUACUGCGUGGAGAUGCGCGCGCCCGACGCGCGCGAGUUCCGCCCCGUGUACCGCGGUUCGGCGCACUCGUGCAAGGUGAAGAAGCUGCGCGAGGCCACGACCUACGCGUUCCGGAUACGGGCGAGCGACGAGCGCGGCGGGCGCGGCGCCUGGUCCGCGCCCACGGACGCGCGCACCGCGCACGCGCCGCCGCCCGCGCCGGCCGCGCCGCAAGCCGCCAUGGUGGCGCCGCGCGCCGCGCUCGUCUCCUGGGAGCCGCUGGAGGACGCGGAGUACGUGCUCCAGUGCGCACGCGGCAAGGAAGCCAUUUUCAAAGAGGUGUACGCGGGCGGCGCGAGCCAGCACACGCUGGAGGAGCUGGAGCACGGCGCGGAGUACGCGCUGCGCGUGUGCGCCGUGCGUGGCGGGCUGGCCGGCGCCUGGUCGGCGGCCGCGCGCCUGUCGGUGCCCGCGCCGCCGCCGCCGGCGCGCGUGCGGCGUCCGCGCGCGGCGCGCUCGCUGUCGCCGCGCCACGCCGCGCUGCUCAUGGCGGCCGGCUUCCUGCUGCUGGCCGUGAUCGUGGCCGUGCUGGUGCAGCGCCUGGUGGAGCCGAGCCCGUGACGCGCGCUGGCGGCGGCGCGCCCGCGGGCCCUCGCCCGCCUGUGAGCGCGCCGCCCCCCACACGACCGAUGCGACGCCCGACGCGACCCCCUCGCCGUGUCCCGAAAGCGUCAAAUAUAUUUAUGUGUAUAUAGUAGAUAUUAAAAUUUGUAAUCGCCGCCGCCAUGAGAUGCCGGCGAGCGAUGCGCCGCCGUCGCUCGUCGCUCGUCGCGCGACGCUACGAUGGCGACGAGAUGGUUCGGUGCGACGUUAGCCUCCGUCAUAUUAUACGGCCUAUAGUGAAACGUGUUUUAUAAUUUUAUUACGGGAAUAUUUUAUAUUUAAAAUUAUUGUAAAAUGUUAUUAGAGUAUAUAUUUUCGGGGCUGCCAUUCUGAAUUUUUAGAAAACAUUGCGGACUUUGCCUAACCGUAUCUGUAAUUUUCCACAGAUCUUCAUAUCUAGUCUACGCUAUUGACUUUCAUUUAUUUCGUUCGCCGUUCGACGGAGCGUGCUGUAAUUAUAAAUAUUAUUUACACGACAGCGUUUAUUAUGGAAAAAAAUAUUUACUAUAAGUGGCAUACUUCUAAAUGGACUCUGUCGGUCUUGUAGGCGCCGUAUGUUUUCCAUACAUUUGAUAUUUUUAUAAAAUAAUAAUCAAUCGGUCUGUUGCAUGUUUUUUAUCAUAUUUAAGUGUAAAGUUAGCAACCAAGGUGCUCUAAUGUUAAUGUUCUGUUGCGAGGGUCGUGGCCCCUCGUCUGCAACGAGUUUCCAGUGCGUGUGCUGUGAUCACUUCCUUAUGCGAAUGAGACUGAUUUUACAAGUAACUGCUUCGUCUGUGUCAGAGGUUCCCAAACUUUUUUUUCCUCAUAGACCACUUUCUAAUUCAACUGGUUCCUGUGGACUCCCUGCUAAAUUUCUAUCCAAAACUCGUCAAAAAAAAUGUGAUUAUAUUUAAAUAUGGAAAUUUGCGUCGAAAAAAUAGUGAUAAUUGAUUACUCAGUUAAUUAAUUGAUUGUGCUUUGAGUGGAUGACAAAAAUUAAAAUUGUCCAGGCAAAAAGUUUUUUCCGUCAAAUUUAAUUUUUGAUAUUUACUCACAGCACAAGGAAGCCAUCAAUUUCACAAUUUUAUUUAGAAUUUCGUGAACGUAAACCCCCGCCGAGUCUUCCGUAGACCCCUGGGGGGUCCACCUGGACCACUUUGGGAAUCGAUGGUCUAUAUGAUUGUUCCGACGCUGUGUUUCGUUCGACACGAGUCGCCCGCUGCUGCGCUCUCGAAGAACUUAUUUAACCAUAAUUAUCAAGUACCUUCCAUGUUUUAUUGUCGAUAGUGUUUAAUUUGUUUUUAUUAUAAUAGAACAUGACGUUUAAUUGAUGACAUUAUGUAAUAUAGAUUAAAUUUGUUUAUGAAUUUAGAGAUUAUAAAUUUAUUGAGAUUGUUACCACCCGGUGUAUCGAUAAGGAAUCGUCAGAUUUGACCUUAUUUCUAAGAAAUAACUGUGUUCCAAAAAUAAAAUGAAAAAAAAAAAAGUUUAGUACGAUCCCACAAUUAUUCGUGUUUGUUAAUUUAAUUAAUCGAUAUAUUAGUGAAAUGUUAACUGAAUACGAUCUAAUUAUAUUUUAAAUGAAUUAUUUUCAAUGUAGAUAAGCAGAGGUAUCUUUUUUAAUUGUAUUCAAUUAUACGAAUUAUAGUAAAAAGUGCAUAUGGGAUUUUUACAUUGAUGUUUCUAAGUGUCAUUAUUCACAUAUAAAUGUUGUUUAAAGUUUUUGUGGAAUAAUGUCAUAUUAAUAUUAUAAUAGUUACAUUGUUGUUGCAUAGCCUUGCUGCGUUCGAUGUCUAGUAGCUGAGCCGUCGAUGUAAUAAUGUGUUUAUAUUGUCUUGGACAUCUGUGUGCCUAGUGAGAGUUUUCAAUGUUAUGAUACUGUGAUGAUCGCGUAACCGUAAACGUGAAUUUCCAAGGAAUGGGCUAGUUGACACUUUUUUUUAAAUAGUUCAUUAUCGUUCUACUAGACUAAAGAAAUUUUUUUUUAAUUUUUUUGAGACGUGAUUGCAUGAAAAUAUUAGUUUUUAAAUAUGUUUUUGACAAUACAAGCCAAAACGCCUGUCGGCCAUGACAGUCUAUAUUUCAAUUACUACACUACAAUAAAUCCCAUACAAAUGGAGCGUUUAACAAAAAUAUUAUAGUGUUAGUGACGUAACAAAAUAAAAGCCAGGGUUUAUGACGUUUGGAAAAUUUGAAAAUAUACGUGAUAUUUAAAUUAAGUUUUAAAAGAAAUCCUAAACUUUUAUUAAUUGAUAUCGAUAUAUUUCGGACCCUCAUCCCAUGUACUACACGAAAUUACUUUUGUUUAUAUUAAAUUUGAUAUGAGUCAACUACCCUAUUGAAACAGCGCCACCUAGUGGCACUACUGCAACUGUUGCAAUUCCUUAGAAAAUCGCGUUUACGGUUACGCGAUCGUCACAGUAUGACAACAUUGAAAACUGCCACUAGGCACUCUGUAUACAUGCACGAAUUUAUGCUUAAUACGUCGUUAAUGAUAAUAUUAUUCUGUGAUCAUCUUGUUCUGUUCUUUCUAUAUAUUAUUAUAUUUUAUUAUUGUCAGAUACAUUCCUAGGUUUGUUGCUCGUUUUCAAGACAUUGUUCGUUACUUUUUGCUAAGAAUAGUGUCGCUUCGUGCCAAUACAUGUUAUGUGUGUAAGCGCGGCUUACGAGAUGUGCGAAGUGUCAGAUUUAUUAACUAAAGUUUUAUAUAAUCCUGAUGUGCAAUCUUCAAUUUAUUUAUUGUAUUGCUUAAUAUAAUAUUUAUUUUUUAGAAAUUAUAUAAAUAAAUAUAUUAUUAUUAUUACAAUAAUUAUAGUGUCGUGUAAAUUGGAGGAAUCGAUGUUCCUAAAUGUAUUAAAUGUUUCGUACUACACCGCUCGCAAAUUGUACUACAGUCAAGCAUUCCAACGUAUUCCACUUUGUAAAUAGGCCUAAACUCUACGACUUUUCUCACACAAAAGCAAUUGUUGUGUUUGUGUGUGGGGAUGUAAAUAAAUCUGGUGUUCCGAGCUUGGUGUGUGUGCGCGUGGCACGUCCGAAUGAGGGCGCUCGCACACAUACGACUGUGUCCGCAACAGUUUGCUCUCCCAGUGUGUGCAACUCUGCACGCCACACGCGUGUCCAAUCUAAUGUCAUAUUAGCAUCUGUUACGAAUCACCUCGGUUAGUACGUACAGUGCGUACCCUAGUUAAAAACUUUGCGCAUGCCAAACCAAACCGAUUGUAAUGUCUCAUGUUACAUGCAGCUUUUCCUCAUAAACAAAUUUACUUUUUUUUCAUUUGUCUAAUUGUUUUUUAUUUCUAUACCAACGUACAUAUAAAAAUAAAAUGUAGAAAAAAUUAUAAAAGUAUUAUAAAUUAUAAAAAAUUAUAAAUUAUAAAAGUAAAAGUAUUUUAAUCAUUCUUUUCUAUUAUUUAAAGCUUUAUCAUCUUUUCUCGUUAUUUACGUUUAAUGGAUGUCGAAAUUGUGUCAACUUACAUAUUUUUUACUGAGAAUAUGUAUUAUAAACUUGCAAAAAUGUGUGAAGCGCUUUGUAAAAUGCAAAUGCCAUAGUUGCCGGUAUAUCUGGCGAUUUUAAUGAAUUGAUGCGGAAGAUGAAACUGUUGCGGACCGCAAAGAUGCUAGUGUGCGCGCGCCCUUACAGCUGUGUUAAGACUAAACGUUUUUAAAAAUUAAUACAUACUGAUUAAUGGGGAUAACAUCUCAUAUUGUAUUUGUGUUUCAAUUAGUAACGUAUAACGAAAUGUAUAUGUUUAUAAUAUAAUAUUUGAUGAUGUUAUGUAUACAAUUUAUUAAACAUGGAUAUAUCAAUAAAAUUAUAUUUUGUGUACGACAAA